GUCGGAGGGAACGAAGAUGUAUUGAAUGCAAGUCAGCAGCACGUACCCAACUACUUCUUGAGGAAUUCAUCUAACUUCGUUCUCGUCCCUUUCCUUGCCAGCACGCCGACCACAAUGGAGAUAACGCCAAGCCCUCUGCCUGUGGAGGCAUCCGCGGUAGUUCCCAACGACAAGACGUCUAAUUCUAUUAACCUGGGCAACGAUGGAUGGAAACCCACCAAACGGUUCCUCCUAGCUUUCAUGUCGCUGUUGACGAUAGUAUCAGCAGUAGCAAUUGAAUCGACCAGUUUACCCACCGCGCUCCCUAUCAUGAGCGCAGAACUAGGGGGCACUGCUCUGCAGGCGUUCUGGUCCGGGACAAGUUUUCUUUUGGCCUCGACGGUGAUCCAACCAACGGUCGCGUCGAUGUCGCAUAUACUAGGCCGAAGAAUUAUGCUGUACGUUAGCAGUGCUGGGUUCGUGGGCGGCUCGCUUAUUGCUGCACUUGCGGGAAAUUUCAAUGUCGUGCUUGUCGGACGGACUAUCCAGGGAGCAGGGGGUGGAGGGCUCAUCGUGCUUCUGGAGAUUCUCAUAUCCGAUCUCGUGCCUCUUGCGCAUCGAGGUACUUGGUUCAGCAUCAACUCGGCCAUGUGGGGUAUCGGCACUGCUACCGGACCCCUGAUCGGAGCUGGAUUUGCCCAAGACGUCACUUGGCGGUGGAUAUUCUGGAUUAACUUGCCUAUUGUCGGCGUUGGGAUGCUCUUAGUCACAUUAUUCUUAAAGCAAGCUCAGGUACCGGGACAUAUCGUUGAGAAGCUUAAGAGGUUCGACUGGCUUGGCUCCGUACUGUUUUCAGUUAGCUCUGCCUGCUUUCUAUUCGGUAUUACUACAGGAGGUGUUGCGUUCCCAUGGACAUCUUACCAAGCUCUUUUGCCACUAAUUAUCGGGUUCUUGGGAAUGCUCUUCUUCGUUUACUGGGAGUUCUGUUUUGCGAUAGGUCCUAUCGUAGACAGACGCAUUUUCGCUACUUGGACGGCAAUCUCAGCUUAUAUCCAAACCAUGCUACACGGUCUUAUCUUAUACGCGGCAAUAUACUUCCUCACCCUAUUCUACCAAGCCGUAAAGCUGUACUCGCCAGUGACUUCAGCUAUCGCUCUACUCCCAGAAACAAUUGGCUUAUCCCUCUCGAGUGUUGCCGUGGGAGCCCUGACAGGCAUGACCAAGAAGUAUCGAUGGGCCCUCUGGGGAGGAUGGGUUUUGACUACCGCCGGUUCUGGGCUUUUAUACCUCCUAGGCACAGGCACUACUGUUACCCAAUGGGUAUUCUUGAAUAUCCCAUUCGGCAUUGGGGUUGGCAUGCUCUUCACGGCUGAACUCCUAGCUAUUCAAGCUGCUACGAAACCCGAGCUCAACGGCGAAGCCGCGGGUUUCUUCUCAUUCAUCCGCAUCUUCGGCCAGGCCUUAGGUGUCGCUGUCUCGGGAGUGAUCUUCCAGAACUCGUUGAAGCAAAAACUUCUUAGAAUACCGGGGCUCGCGUCCCUAGCAGACGAGUACUCGCGCGAUGCUACCGCGAUAGUCGCUCUUAUCCACGAAAUGGCCGAUGGAGAUACCAAGACGCGAAUGAUUCAGGCAUUCUCAGAUGCCCUAAGUUCAAUAUGGCUAUCACUUAUAGCAUUCUCGGCUGCGGGUUUGCUAUUGAGCUUGACGGUAAAGGGCUACUCGAUGACACAAGAACAUGUCACUGCGCAGCAUCUGGUCCAAGAGAAGGAUGGAGAUGGAAAUUUGGAGGCUGGUGUUUUGAGUAAUACCGAAGCUAAGAAGUCGUGAAUAAAAGAUGCUGCUGAUGUCUGUUUGGAUUCGGCUAUUCCUAUAUUGCUAACCUUCCUCCUUAUAUCGGAGUCCAGGCUGGACUAUGGCUGAUACGAGCGUUCUGACCAUCCUAGACGUCAAAUAAGGGUUGUGAAUAUUGUUAGCCUGUCAUAUAAAUGUAGCAUGUUGGAAUGUUUACCAAACACACAAACGUACAUUGUCCUGUCUAAUAACUGGGCAGUAAAUUGUCUCUCCUAA